AAACAGUCAUGAAGAUGUUACUGCUACAGCUCUGUGUGGUCCUGGCCUCAGUCUUGCUAGCGUCCACCCAACUCACCCCCAACAACGGGACAACGACAGAUACUGUGGCCACACCCGUAGACCCACAACCCACGCCCUCCGACCCCUGGUCAACACCCCCCACGGCUAUGCAACUGGUCUUGGCCACCAUGUUCUCCGGCCAGUACAGCAACGACGUCCAGCACCAAGAUGACCUGUCCAAGAAUGUCUCGGGUCCCAACCGGCACGACUUGAUCCACGUGACAUACAUCCCAGUUCUCGUACGGAUCCUGGGCUCUGCUGUGGCGUUUUAUCAUGAACAACGAGUGAACAAUGCGACCCAGCCAGUGAGACAAGCCAUCUACGCGUUCACACAGGAGUCGCCUUGUCUUGUCCGCAUGUCCACUUUUGAUAUAACUAACGCCAGCAGAUUUAGUGUGACCCCAGAAGGACUCCAGGCGUUGGAGAGACUGGAACCCCAAGAUUUAGCCAACAGACCGGAGUGUGCUGCAUUCUGGGAGCAGAUUGGAGACGAAUUCUUUACCUCAUACUUGUCUACUGACCAGUGCACAUUCGACGGCCCUGGGGGAAUUCUGAUUCGGCCCGAUGGUUCCAGAAAUCUAACAUGUUGGGGCAUGAGUUUUUCUGAAAUGUGGAGAAGAGUUCCCGGUGGCCAGGUUGUCGGGGGCGCGACCAGUCCGUAUCUAUUGCAGAAAAUUGGAAACUUGUAUCCGGUUCCGGUCAGCGCCUUCCGCAGCAACCAAUGUUUCAACAUUCCCUGCACCAACAACAACAGCAGCAAGAACUCCAGCCCCGCAUGGAGCAUCAUCAAAGACAAUAUUGACUACGCUAAGACAAACGAGAGCAAUAACAGUAAUGGAGUCUAG